ACGGGGCGUGUCCUUCAGAAUCUGGCGCGCCCUCCAGUCGAGUGAGGCAGUCGUCAGGCGGGAGCCGGGCGGAGCGGACGGCCGCUUUAUUUUACCUUCAUAUUCAGGUUUCAGAGGAAACUUCCAGAAGUUACUCUUCUACCACAGCAACAACAUGUUUAACCUAAGGACUUGUGCCUCUAAACUCCGGCCUUUGACGGCCUCCCAGACUGUACGAUCCCUUAAACACAGCAGGCCUGCGGCCCCCAGGACGUUUCAGCAGUUCAGGUGUCUUAGUACACCUGUGGCCGCAGAGCCUUUUCUAAGUGGGACUAGCUCCAACUAUGUGGAGGAAAUGUACUAUGCUUGGCUAGAAAACCCUAAGAGUGUCCACAAGUCAUGGGACAUCUUUUUCCGCAACGCAAAUGCUGGCGCAUCCCCUGGUGCAGCUUACCAGAGCCCGCCUCCUCUCGGCAGCAGCUUGUCCACCCUUACCCAGGCCCAGUCGUUGGUGCAGGCCCAACCUAAUAUAGACAAGCUUGUGGAGGAUCAUCUCGCUGUGCAGUCGCUCAUCCGUGCUUAUCAGAUCCGUGGGCACCAUGUUGCUCAGCUUGACCCUCUUGGCAUUCUGGAUGCAGAUCUGGACUCCUGUGUGCCAGCAGAUAUUGUCACUUCCUCAGACAAACUCGGCUUUUAUGGGCUGCAGGAAUCUGACCUGGAUAAAGUCUUCCAUCUCCCAACCACUACAUUCAUCGGCGGCAAUGAAAUGGCUCUGCCCCUGAGAGAGAUCAUUCGAAGGCUGGAGACUGCAUACUGCCAGCACAUCGGAGUCGAAUUCAUGUUUAUAAAUGAUCUGGAGCAGUGUCAGUGGAUAAGGCAGAAGUUUGAGACCCCAGGAAUCAUGCAGUUUAACAAUGAAGAGAAAAGGACCCUGCUUGCCAGGCUGGUUAGAUCUACUCGGUUUGAAGAGUUUCUCCAUCGCAAGUGGUCGUCUGAGAAGCGCUUUGGUUUGGAGGGGUGCGAGGGCUUGAUCCCUGCUCUGAAAACCAUCAUUGAUAAAUCUAGUGAGAAUGGGGUGGAUUAUGUCAUCAUGGGGAUGCCCCACAGGGGCCGACUAAACGUACUGGCCAAUGUGAUUAGGAAAGAGUUGGAGCAGAUUUUCUGUCAGUUUGAUUCCAAACUGGAAGCUGCAGAUGAGGGCUCCGGAGAUGUUAAAUACCACCUGGGAAUGUAUCACAGGAGGAUAAACAGAGUGACUGACAGGAACAUCACCUUGUCCUUGGUGGCCAACCCCUCCCAUCUGGAGGCAGCAGAUCCUGUGGUCCAGGGAAAGACGAAAGCUGAGCAGUUCUACUGUGGGGACACGGAGGGCAAAAAGGUGAUGUCCAUCCUGUUGCAUGGUGAUGCUGCAUUCGCAGGACAGGGCAUUGUGUAUGAGACCUUCCACCUUAGUGACCUUCCCUCCUACACUACACAUGGCACUGUGCAUGUGGUGGUGAACAAUCAGAUUGGUUUCACCACUGACCCUCGAAUGGCCCGCUCCUCUCCCUACCCAACGGAUGUGGCCAGAGUGGUGAAUGCCCCCAUCUUCCAUGUCAACGCAGAUGACCCCGAAGCUGUGAUGUACGUGUGUAAUGUGGCUGCAGAGUGGCGAAGCACCUUCCACAAGGAUGUCGUGGUGGAUCUGGUGUGUUACCGUAGGAACGGUCACAAUGAGAUGGAUGAGCCCAUGUUCACCCAGCCGCUGAUGUACAAACAGAUUCGGAAGCAGAAGACUGUACUGCAGAAGUACGCAGAGACCCUAAUCUCUCAGGGAGUGGUCAACCAGCCGGAGUAUGAGGAAGAAAUUUCAAAAUAUGACAAAAUUUGUGAGGAGGCUUUUGCCCGAUCUAAAGAUGAAAAGAUCCUUCAUAUCAAGCACUGGCUGGACUCCCCCUGGCCCGGCUUUUUCACCCUGGACGGCCAGCCCCGCAGCAUGUCCUGUCCUUCUACUGGGCUCAGUGAGGAGGUCCUGACGCACAUUGGGACUGUGGCCAGCUCCGUGCCAGUGGAGGAUUUCACAAUCCAUGGAGGUCUCAGCCGUAUACUCAAAGGUCGUGGAGAGAUGGUAAAGAACAGGAGUGUGGACUGGGCUCUGGCAGAGUACAUGGCAUUAGGUUCCUUGCUUAAAGAAGGCAUUCACAUCCGACUGAGUGGGCAGGAUGUAGAGAGAGGCACCUUCAGUCACCGCCACCAUGUCUUGCAUGACCAAAAUGUGGACAAGAGGACAUGCAUCCCAAUGAACCACCUGUGGCCUAACCAGGCUCCUUACACUGUUUGCAACAGCUCAUUGUCUGAAUAUGGUGUGCUUGGUUUUGAGCUGGGAUUUGCCAUGGCGAGCCCAAAUGCCUUGGUUUUGUGGGAGGCCCAGUUUGGAGAUUUCCACAACACGGCUCAAUGUAUCAUCGACCAGUUUGUUUGUCCAGGUCAAGCCAAGUGGGUGCGGCAGAAUGGAAUUGUUUUGCUGCUGCCACAUGGUAUGGAGGGCAUGGGUCCAGAACAUUCCUCUGCCAGACCGGAACGUUUCUUGCAGAUGUGUAACGAUGACCCCGAUGUGUGGCCGAAAGUUUCUGAAGACAUUGCUGUUCGCCAGCUUUACGACUGCAACUGGAUUGUUGUCAACUGCUCCACUCCGGCCAGUUUCUUCCAUGUGAUCCGCAGGCAGAUCCUGUUGCCCUUCCGCAAACCGCUGAUUGUCUUCACUCCCAAGUCCCUCCUGCGCCACCCUGAAGCUAGGUCAAGUUUUGAUGAAAUGUUGCCUGGCACUCAUUUUGAGAGAAUUAUCCCGGAUGCUGGGCCUGCUUCCCAGAACCCUGAGCAGGUGAAGCGCUUGAUUUUCUGCACAGGGAAGGUGUACUAUGAACUCAAUAAAGAGCGCUCAAGUCGUGGUAUGGAUGGGGAUGUGGCCAUCACUCGUGUUGAGCAGUUGUCUCCAUUCCCGUUCGACCUUGUGGAGAAGGAAGUGCAGAAAUACCCCAAUGCUGAACUGAUCUGGUGCCAGGAAGAGCACAAGAACCAGGGUUAUUACGACUAUGUGAAACCCAGGAUACGCACCACAAUUCACCGUGCUAAACCUGUCUGGUAUGCUGGGCGCGACCCUGCCGCCGCUCCUGCCACGGGCAACAAGAAAACCCACAUGACAGAACUCAGACGUUUCCUUGAUACUGCGUUCAACCUGGAUUCCUUCAAGGGCCACUCUUAGACCUGCAGCCACUUCUCUCCUUUUGCACUCCCUGACUCCUCAUCCACUCACUCUCACAGGGGACUCUCUAUGUCUUUGCUUGGCCUUUGCAGAGAGGGUGCCCUAACGAAGUCAUUCAGUUUGGUUUCUUGCUGCUAUCAAAGUGCCCCCAACACAAGCUUCUCAGCAGGCAGUGGAGGGAGAGGGGUUGUUGCAGUUGGUAACCAUAUGCACAUGGCAUUACUUCAAGGGCUGUGUUUUUGAUUCCUUUUAAAAUCGUGUUAGAACAAUAGGCAUGCAGAUGCCCACUAUCUUUUAAACCAGAAUGUCUGAAUUACAACUCUGAGCAAGACUGCCUAAAGCUGGGAGUUAUAAUUCAGCCGCUGGAGAGACGCACAUUUGGUGGCCCUUGUUUUAAAUAAAGGAUUUCUGCCAGUCAUAUAAUGCCCUUCACUGCUGGCUGGUCCUGCAAGGCACUGGGAAAGGGUGUAUGAGAGAUUAUUGCAAUGGGCUGUUGGGCAGUUCAGGAGCCAGGGUGGGUCACUAAGGUUGUACCCCUAGGUUACUGCAUGUCUCCAGCCCUUUGUGUAUAUAGAUACGAUGUCGCUGUACAGAAGCAUAUCGGAGGUCUGUGGGAGGCUUCUUACAGAGGAGUCAGUGUUGGGGUGCUGCCCCAUGUGAAUAUGCACCAGACUGCAGUUGUUUUCCCUCCAUAAUUAUUUAAUAUGUUCCAUAAGCCCCCCCCCGUAAAUGGCUUGCAGAACUCUGUGUACAUGGAUCGUUCUUUUACCAUAUUUCCCUUUUUAUUUAAAUAAGAAUGUCCUAUUCUCUUGUGAAUACCCACUUGGCUUCACAGGCUCUUUUAUUAUCAUGGGGGCAAUGCAGUGUGUAGGGGUUUUAGAACAUUUUAACCCUUUAUCUUCCCAUCCUCUUUUAGAAGGUUAAAGUAUUUUAUAUGCAGCUAAAAACCUAUGUAAGAGGGAGGGGGGAUAGAUUGAUCUCUGACCACUGCUGCCUGUUCUCCCUCCUCCCCCACCAUGCACAGCCCCUCUUAUAUACAAGCUUGCAAAUCAUUAUCUUGGCAAAGGAUUCUGGGUAAAGCCUCACUUACGAUCCUCUUAGCCAUCCAUGUACUUUGCACAUUUUUUUUUUUUUUUAAUGAAUACCCAGCAUUCUUUGCUGUCUUAACCCAUUUUCCACCACCCUAGUUCCUUUGGUUGCUAUAAAGUAUACAACAGCCCCUAUACAGCCACACGUGCCAAAUUGUGCCCCCCAAACGCAGGAGGAAGAGGCGGUGAGGAAAAAAGCGCGUCCCAGGAACCAAAUGAGCUAAAGGAUUUUAUAAGAAGGCCACUGACAAAACAAUCUUAUUUAUUUUGGUAAAAUAAAUAAAAAAUCUAAAUAUAUA